AUUCAAAAUUCAAAUCUCAAAACCAACAAGAGCCGUUGCUUUUCCAAUUCGUUUUUUUCUUCCCAAAAUUCAUUUUCACACACUCACACACUGAACCCAUUUCUCUCACACAAAACGAGCCCCACCUAUAUAUAACAACGCGCCCUACCUUUUUCCACUAUUCCUCCUCAUUUUCCUAUCUCUCUCUCUUCAAUCUCUCUCUCUCUCUCUCUCUCUCCAAACCCUCCUCUCCAGAUUCAAAAAAAUCCCUUUUCGGUUUCUCUCCUUUAGUUCUUCUUUCGAAUCUUGUUUUUACCCGUUUCAAUCACAAGAAAAGAUGAGAGAAAUUCUUCACAUUCAAGGUGGUCAAUGUGGUAACCAGAUUGGGGCCAAGUUUUGGGAGGUUGUCUGUGCGGAGCACGGGAUUGAUGCUACCGGACGGUACCAUGGUGAAUCCGACCUUCAGCUUGAGAGGGUGAACGUUUAUUACAAUGAAGCUAGUGGUGGUCGUUUCGUCCCUCGUGCUGUGCUCAUGGAUCUUGAGCCAGGGACCAUGGACAGCGUCAGAUCUGGUCCCCAUGGACAGAUCUUUCGCCCUGAUAACUUUGUGUUCGGCCAAUCUGGAGCAGGAAACAACUGGGCCAAAGGUCACUACACCGAGGGAGCGGAGUUGAUUGAUUCUGUUCUCGAUGUGGUUCGCAAGGAAGCAGAAAAUUGUGACUGCUUGCAAGGUUUUCAGGUUUGUCACUCAUUGGGAGGAGGAACUGGAUCUGGAAUGGGAACCCUAUUGAUUUCCAAAAUCAGAGAGGAGUACCCAGACAGGAUGAUGUUGACGUUCUCUGUUUUCCCAUCUCCAAAGGUCUCUGACACAGUUGUGGAGCCUUACAAUGCCACCUUGUCUGUUCACCAGCUCGUGGAGAAUGCAGAUGAAUGCAUGGUUCUUGACAAUGAAGCUUUGUAUGACAUUUGCUUCCGUACCCUCAAGCUCACAACUCCUAGCUUUGGUGAUCUUAAUCACUUGAUAUCUGCAACCAUGUCUGGGGUCACUUGUUGUUUGAGGUUCCCUGGUCAGCUUAACUCUGAUCUGAGGAAGCUAGCUGUUAACCUCAUUCCAUUCCCUCGUCUUCAUUUCUUCAUGGUGGGAUUUGCACCACUUACCUCCAGAGGGUCUCAACAGUACAGAGCCUUGACUGUUCCUGAAUUGACUCAACAAAUGUGGGAUGCGAAAAACAUGAUGUGUGCUGCUGAUCCUAGACAUGGACGUUAUUUGACUGCAUCAGCCAUGUUCCGGGGGAAAAUGAGCACCAAGGAAGUUGAUGAGCAGAUGUUGAAUGUGCAGAACAAAAACUCAUCCUACUUUGUAGAGUGGAUCCCCAACAAUGUCAAAUCAACUGUCUGUGACAUACCACCAACUGGUCUCAAAAUGGCUUCAACAUUUAUUGGUAACUCUACAUCCAUUCAAGAGAUGUUCCGCCGUGUGAGUGAACAGUUCACAGCUAUGUUUAGGAGGAAGGCUUUCUUGCAUUGGUAUACUGGGGAGGGUAUGGAUGAGAUGGAGUUCACUGAGGCUGAAAGUAACAUGAAUGAUCUGGUUUCUGAGUACCAGCAAUACCAAGAUGCAACAGCUGAUGAGGAGGGAGAGUAUGAAGAUGAAGAGGAAGUUUAUGAAUGAUUGAAGUAUAUUGGGGGGGAAUUUCAGUUAACUUUGUUUUGUAGCUGUAGAAUGGUAGUUGUUGCUUUAACUGUGGGUUUAACCUCAACUACAACUUCUCCAAAUUGCUUUGUAGGAUGAUAUUUCAUAUGGGGGGCAACAGUAUUUUAUAUUUUGAGCAGAACAAAACAUAUCUCUAUGAUCUUGAAUCUGGUUCCUAUUUCAGCAAUUACUACUAUUCUGUCAACCUGUGUUGGUUUGUCUUUAAUGUUUUGUGAAUUGUCGUUAUAUGAUUUUGUUGUGUAUCCCGUUAAUUUUAUCGAUUGUGAAUGAUUAGUCAGUUGCAUUAGAAUAUGUGAAGAGCUGCUGCUCAUCAAACUGUGAAAAUAUAGAUGGCCAUAUUGAUCUGGGAGGGA